AUGGCAACAGUCUCAGCAUUCUCAACUCUACACUCAGUUUGCACUCCUAACGCUCACAGAACCCCAUCUCGUCCUUUCACCCUUCGUAUCACAAAUCGUUUCCUUGAAUUUCCCAUUUCUUUCAAGCACCUCACACUGGAAAAGACCAAUAAUUCCUAUUCCCAUGGGUAUAAAAGAUUAAGGUCACUUGAAGAGGAGACUCAAAUCCCUGAAGAAGAACAACAACAAGAAGUACCAGAAGGAGCUGAACAACGGCCGGUGUCUGUCCCUGUUUCUCCUUCUGACACCCUCACCAUGUAUUUCCAGGCAGAGGGAACAAUGAAUGAAACGGCUAUUCCUAAUGUGACAAAGGCCUUAGAGGGAACUGAGGGUGUGACAGGUUUAAAAGUUCAAGUCCUUGAGGGCAUUGCAAGUGUCGAGUUAACGAAACAGACGACGGUUCAAGCUACAGGGGUGGCUUCUAGUUUGGUUGAGCUGGUACAGAGUUCAGGUUUCAAGUUACAAACAUUGAACCUCAGUUUUCAAGAUGAGGAGGAUGUCCUUGUUUAG